CUCACCCAGAGGAUCCUUCCCGGGAAGAUGGGCCAGUGGCACUCUUCCCUGACUGUACCACCCUUGGAGACAAUGCUGUUCACGGUCAUGGUUACUGGGACAUGGCUGGGGCAGGUGUUUCAAGUUUCCAGGUGGUGAAUGAAUUCAUCAAUGACUUAGGGCCCAUAAAUAUCUCAACAGGCUGGAACACUGGACCGAGUCCAGCAAGGUGACAGUUUUGAAGGGUACCCGUGGGUUGACACAACCUGAGAACAGUGUGCCCUGAGACUUAACAGUGGGGUUGUAGGAAAGAAAACCAUCUGGACUGACCUUCCACUGUAUUAAUAGAGAAUAAUGUCCAAUGAGCAGGCAGGACCUCAGCAGAGUUCACGAAAACACGUUCCCUUCCUAACUCUGCUUUGUGAGACAUGCUGGGAACCAGAGAGAGCGUAGGACAGGGCAGGAGUCGAAGCAGAGUUUUCUGUGAAAUGACUUUAAAAGGUGGCUGGGCGUGUUUACCCCAGAGGAGGAGGUAAGAGACGACCAAAGGUUCAUGGUGGCCCUUAGGAGGAGAGUGGGACGGAUGUGUGGGUAUCCCAGAAGAUCUGGGAAGGGCAGCUGCCCACCCUCACCAUGCGGUGGUCACUGCCUUGUAGGUUGUCACCUACAAGGUGCCUACAGGAAGCCAGGCCUGCAGGUAGGGAGACAGCAAUGUUGCAAUGCUGGGAACCGCGAGUCUUUUUAACGUGUUUAGAUCCGAUAGUCCUAAUUUCAAGCUGUAUACCUGGGUCCCUGGAUAGCAGUGCGCACUUGACUGGAAAUGGCGGCUGUGUCAGGGUUGCAUGAGCCACAGAGGGCACUUUUGUCUCCAAGUCCCAUUUGCCAAUGAUCAGUGGAGCUGCCUGCAGUGAGUGUUGAGGUGAGUGUUCUUUGGAUCCAAAUUUAUUUUAUAAAGCAAAAACAUUAAAAUCAAAGCAUCCCCCUGGCAGUAAUAAUGCACAGUACCUACCUGUCAUUGGUACUUAACGAACGGGGACCCUGCUGCAGAGCAGAGAGGCAGGAGGGAUGCCUCUUAUGUCUUAAGACAAAGUAACACUUCUUCGUGGACCCAAAUUGUCAGUGUUUGGGAGCUGCUGUCUUAGAAUACCUGUUUGCUGCCUCCCGCUGACCACCUUAAUUACCUUAACUUAAAAAUUACCCCGAUUAAUCGACUCCAAGCAGGGUUUGAAGGUAACUCUCAGUUACCUUUAAGAUAGAUUGUUCUCUUUACAGCUUGCCCCAGAAUUCAUUCUGAGGGACUUUACCAGUAUUAUUGCAGAGGUGAAACUCACAAAACAUAAAAUUAACUAUUCUAAGCCAAAUAACUCACUGGCAUUUAACUUACAGUCAUGUUGUGUGGCCAGCCCUAUCUAGUUUCAACACGUUUCUUUUCCCAGUGAUAAGACUUCUUACCCACCAGGCAGUUCUUCCUCCUUCCUGCCACCCACAGCACCUGACAGCUACCAGUCAGUGUCUCUAAGGAUCUGCCUCCUCGGGACGAUGGCUAGAGAUGGACACAUACAGUGUGUCUGGUCUGGUGUGCUUGGCUUCUUUCGCUUCACACAGUGUUCCUGAGGUUCUUCCGUAUUCUGAGAGAAGACACAGUUCAACGUGCAGGCCUUCUCCCUCUCCAGCGUCUCCAGCCUCCAAUUCCCGGACAUCACUAGCACAGGCAAAGACGAAAGCCUGUCUCAGCGGCCAUAACUCUGUCAGCAGCACCUCAAAGCCAUUUAAAACGCCCAAAGACAAUCUACUUACCUCCAGCAGCGCACAGCACACAGUCUUCUCUGCAAAGGGACCAAGGGAUAAACCAUGCGUUCCAGUUCCCGUAGUCAGUUUAGAGAAAAUUCCUAACCUAGUGAAGGCAGAUGGUGCCAAUGUCAAAAUGAACUCUGCAACCACUACUGCAGCCACCUCCUCCUCCUCCUCCUCCUCUUCUGCCGUCUCCACCCCACCUUUAAUUAAGCCCACCUUGAUGUCCAAGUCAGUGCCACCGUCACCAGAGAAGAUCUUAAAUGGCAAGGGGAUUCUGUCAGCCACCAUAGACAAGAAGCACCCAAAUGGCACCAAAAACAGCAACAAGCCUUACCGGAGACUUUCAGAGAGAGAAUUUGACCCAAAUAAACACUGUGGAGUAUUGGAUCCCGAGACAAAGAAACCUUGCACAAGAUCCCUCACCUGCAAGACACACUCGCUGAGCCAUCGGAGAGCAGUCCCAGGCCGGAAAAAGCAAUUUGACCUCCUCCUGGCGGAGCACAAAGCCAAGUCGCGGGAGAAAGAAGUCAAAGAGCACCUUCUGACUUCCGCUAGGGAGAUACUUCCGAACCCGCCCGGACCCUCGCCUGAUGCUCUGCAAGGAUCUUCCGGGAACACGGUGGCAGAGCCUAAAGUAGCAUCCCCACCAAAACCCAGGCCACUCAACCCUGUACUCCCCAGACCGUCAUCUGCAAAUAGCAUAAGCAGCAGUGCGUCUUCAAACCACAGCGCCUACACUCCAGAGCCCCCGCUCCCCGCAGGUGGAGGCGACCUCGCCAGCCGACUGUCCAGUGAUGAAGGGGAGAUGGACGGAGCCGACGAAUCUGAGAAGUUAGACUGUCAGUUCUCCACGCACCACCCCAGACCUCUUGCGUUCUGCUCGUUCGGGAGUCGCCUCAUGGGACGAGGAUACUAUGUGUUCGAUAGAAGAUGGGAUCGAUUUCGCUUCGCACUGAACUCCAUGGUAGAAAAACACUUGAAUUCGCAGAUGUGGAAGCACAGAAGCCCGAGCCACAGGGCACCAGGUCCCUCCCCUCUGUUCAGGACUUGCCUAACCAAUCUGCUGUCACUGAGCAACAUUGGGGCUGCCUGGGUGUCAACUCUGGAAAGCGUAGCGCCCCGCUGCCCUCUCAACCUCGCUGCCCAAACUCCAGGCCCCGAAGGGCCCGAACCUGGAGGGAUGGCAGCCGAUGGGGGCAUGGAAGACAUUAGGAAGAAAAGGAACGGCCAAGACUCUUUUUUCUUUAACAAGCAUUUAACUCUGCAUCAGGAGACGCCAACACAGUAUUCUCUUGCAGCCAGGAAGAUCCCUCCUGCGGCAGAUAGCCCCAUGCCCUCGCCAGCAGCCCACAUCACCACCCCUGUUCCAGCAUCCGUUUUGCAGCCUUUCAGCAACCCCAGCGCUGUGUAUCUUCCUUCAGCUCCCAUCAGCUCGAGACUCACCUCUUCUUACAUAAUGACAUCAGCCAUGCUCUCAGACGCAGCUUUUGUGGCAUCGCCGGACCCACGCGUCCUCAUGUCCCACACCACAGCUUUCCCCCAUGUGGCUGCAACCCUCAGCAUCAUGGAGUCAACCUUCAAGGCCCCAUCUGCCGUGUCCCCGAUACCAGCUGUCAUUCCUUCCCCAUCCCACAAGCCAUCCAAAACCAAAACCAGCAAAUCCUCAAAAGUGAAAGACCUGUCCGCUCGUAGCGACGAAUCUCCGAGUAACAAAAAGAGGAAGCCGCAGUCCUCGACCUCCUCCUCCUCCUCCUCCUUAUCCUUAUCCUUGCAGGCUUCCCUCUCAUCUCCACUGUCAGGGCCCCACAAAAAGAACUGCAUCCUCAAUGCCAGUUCUACUUUGAACUCCUAUCAGGCAGCCCCUCCCUAUAACAGUCUGUCUGUGCACAACUCAAAUAACGGGGUAAGCCCACUCAGUGCCAAGCUGGAGUCCUCAGGACGGACCUCACUGCCCAGCGGCCCCAUGGACAUAGUGAGACAGGUGGGCGCUGUGGGUGGCAGCAGUGGCUCCUGUCCCCUCUCUAUGCCCUCCCUCGCGCUCCAUGCAGGGGACCUCUCUCUGGCCUCACACAAUGCUGUGUCUUCUCUGCCCCUCUCUUUUGACAAAUCAGAAGGAAAAAAGCGUAAGAAUUCAAGCCCUAGUAGCAAAGCCUGUAAGAUCACUAAAAUGCCUGGUAUGAAUAGCGUUCACAAAAAGAACCCACCCAGCCUUCUUGCACCGGUGCCCGAUCCCGUUAACAGCACCUCCUCUCGGCAGGUAAGGGAACUCCUGGCACUGCCUUCAUCGGCUCUGGGGGGCAGGGGGAGCUGGGCAGCGCCCUUGUUUGGCCAGGUGGCUCAGACAGGUAACACAAGCAUGGCUCCUUUUCCUGGGUUCCCCGUAGGCUCUGAGAGUUCUUGGUAGGACUUUGCUAGUCCCCGUGCUAAGCACUUUACAGUCAUUGCUUCCUUGAGUCCUCACAACAGCCCAGCACAGGGGGUAAAACACGGCCGUCACUUAACAGCUGGGUAAACUGAGGUACAAGGAGUCUCUGAGUCCCCCCCCCCCCCCAUUCCUUUUGUCUGUUUCAUAUCUCGAGGUUUUAUACGAGGCCUACUUCAUUAAAGAGUUCUGUUGCUAA